AUGCCCGAUCAACCGCGGCGCAUUACCCUGGAAAAAUCCCGGACAGUGCGCCGCCGGUAUCAACGCAGCAACAAGCGAUUCCAAUUUACAGCCUCGCAGAUCGAGCGCAUCGAACGCGAAGAAGAACGCGAGAGUCGAGCCAAGAAACUCCGAGAGAAGGAAAAGAAACGCCUAGCUAACAAGAAAAAGAGGGCAGAGAAGGAAGCGAAAGAACGCGAAGAACGAAGACGACACGGUCUACCUGAUCCCCAUGUCCUCGCUAUUCCGGCUAGCCAGCCGUUACUAUCUAGGUUCCUCAAAAAGCCCGAGUCGGUCGCGGACAAGCCGGAGACAGGAAGUGAGGAUUGCGAGGAUACAGAGUCGGCGAGUGAGGGGAGCAUCGCGACCGAGAUCGACGAGGAUCUGCUAUCAUGUUUAGACGAAGCUACGUUUGACAACCAGAUGAUCUCUGCGGCGUCUGAGAUGGGGGCUGGAAAAGGCCCGACGGAAAUCAGCGAUCCUCAAGAUGUUGUAGGUCAAGCACCCAAAAGAGACGACGAUGAGUUCUCGGAAUGCUCGAUUUUUUACGACGAAGAGAUCAUGAAAGAAACGGAAACGAUUGCACGCAUCCUCGAAACACCUAGAAAUCAGGAGGAUACUGAUCGACUGAUGAAACCACCGUGCAAACCUGUAUUGCCAAUGGGAGAAUCAUUCCAAGACGAUACUGCAGUACUCCUCGAAGAAUUUGGUCAUGAACUUGAUACGGAUGAGGAGUUUGAACAGGAAUUAAUUCGCUUGGAUUCCGUGGGAGCAAUUGCUUGA